GUAUUUUUGGUCAAAUUUUAGCUGGUUACAAAAGCAGCUGGUGGACGGAGAGAGUUAUCUUUGAUAACACACACGAGAAGAGUUAGUUAGUAGUGAACACUGUGAGACGACAGCAUGGACAGGACGGUCAGCCUUCCCAGUCAGCCUGACAAAACCACCACAGUGACUCUGGUUGAGAGCAGCAGCGCCCCCAGCGGGCUGGAACUGGUCAGCUCCUACCAGACCCACAGAGUGGGAGACCCCACGGACCUGGUGGCCCUGGCAGUACAAGUACAGAAGGGAGAUGAUUUCAUUAAAGCCAACGCCUCCAACAAACUGACAGUCAUCGCUGAUCAGAUCAGAUACCUACAGGAACAAGCGAGAAAGGUUUUAGAAGAGGCUAAAAGAGAUGCGGACCUUCACCACGCUGCCUGUAACAUAGUGAAAAAACCAGGCAACAUGUACUACCUCUACCAGCGGCAAUCUGGACAGAAAUACUUCUCCAUCAUCUCUCCUAAGGAAUGGGGCCCAAGCUGCCCUCACACAUUUGUCGGUGCAUUCAAACUCCAACAUGACAUGUCGUGGACCCCCAUAGACGAGGUGGAGAAGAGGGACGCAGAGAUCGCCAUCAUGGACAAACUUCUCAGCAAGCAGGCGGCCUUACCACCUUACACAGAACCAAACUUCAAGGGCCUCUCUGAUUAAAGGACUGGGAUUUUAUAAAAGACUCAUGGUGGAGAUUAACUAUAUUCUUAAUGGACAUCAGUUUGAACUGAGAUGAAUCCAGACAUGGAUUGGAAUCACUGAUAUCACAAUGUCACAAUGCUUCAUUGACUUUCAUAUACUGCCUUAAGAGUUUAAUGCAUUACAAGUUUUUGUUUGUAUACUUGCAACCUUAAGGAUACUUUUCUAAACAUAAAGUAGGCUGCUCCAGUUUACCUGUGCAUGGGCACUUUUACCAAAUAAAAGCUCAGAUACUUUGCUUAAUAUCAGUUUUUGAAACUCUUUCACUUGAGAUUCAGUCGGUUGUCACCAACAUAUGAUGAGAGUUAAAGCUGCCCUGUGGAGUUUUUAUUGUAAACAAAGUCAUGUUUCAGUUCUCACCAGAACGAAGUGCGUGUAUCCUUGGGAACAAAAUGAAUUAAAUGUACACAUGAAUAUGUUAAUAUAAAUUUAGCGCGUUUCCUUCCUCUUUUUAGACCUUUAAAUUCUGCAUCAUUUACAUCCAUGUAGGGGUGGACGAUCUUACUUUAGCAUAUGAUCUGAUUUUCAGAUGAAUUGUACAGAUCUCGUCAUUAAGAGCUGCUAUAUUUAGAUAUUAAAUUUUCAACUGCUGCUAACCAGCUCGUUCUUAACUGUUAAACAGCUAGCCCGCUAACCGCACCGGGAGACAGCAGUCCUUGUUCUGCUCUGCAGCCUAGCUUGGUGUAGCAGCUCAUGAACCAGUUCUCCCCCUGAGCAGAACCACUGUCACCAGCUGCAGUCCAAGACAGUGGAGUUUUUACAGUCCGUCCACAGACCUGACAUCCGAAAGACGCAGCAAACAGAUACAACUUUCAGUCAUGAUUUUCACAAUAAAAUUAGAGCGGAACAGGAUGCAGAUGGUGUUAUGAUCUUUUUUGCCAGAUCACCAUCCAUCCCUACAUCCAUGAUUAUUUUUAGCAGAUAUCGUCAUGUGUUCUUGUUUGUUGGUGUGUAUCCACCAGUGGCUGUUGAUCAGUGGAAUAACUUCAGCAGAAUAUGAACCAUGUGUAUGAUUUAAAAUUAAUUAAUUAAUAAUAAAAAAAACAGGGACCUACUUGUGAAGACACAUUUGACUAGUUCAAAUAUUCCACACGACACCUUUAAUGUGGAUUAUAAAUUAGAUUUUUUUUUUAGAGCCUUACUCAUAAGGUGCAGAUACUUCUGUUGAGUCGUAUGUCAGGGAGAUCCUGUGCAACCCAGAGUAAAUUAUUUAUUUUGUCUUUUAUUUGCAGAUUGUAACUAAUGAGAUUUUGGUAAAUAAAUUACAAAAUAUUUAAUUUUAA